GCUGGUGAGGGGUGCCGCUGUCACCGCCCGGCGCGGGCCGGGUGGCAGAUCCGCGCCUCUCGGCGGCUCGGAGGCGCCGGGCGAGCUCCGGGGCUCGCCCCUCCCUGCCGCGGCAGUGCCGGCCCGGGGGCGCUGGCUGCUCCGGCGGCGCCGCUUCUGCCGCUGCCCCGGCAACGGGCGGGGUGCCCGCGUGCGGCCGAGGCCCUUGCCUGCCCGCGGUCGCUCGCCUGUGACGCGGGCUGCUCGCUGCUGCUGGGGGCCGAGCGGGGCGGCUUCGCUGCCGAGGCGCCUGCGUGAGGGCCGUGGGGCGGCCGUGGCGACGGGCGGUGACCGGGGCAGCCGUGCGGGGCCCUGCGGCGGCGCCGGCCCCGGCGCGGCGGGUGCGCUUGAAGGCGGGCGCGGGCGGACCGCGGCCCUCGGCGGCCGCCCUGCCCGAGGCGGGGCUCCGCGGCGCCAUGGCCCUGCCCGCCGUCCACAAGUGCCUCCAACUCAGUGAUGAAAAUGAACAGUUAGUCAAGAAGUUGAAAAAACUACACAUAAAAAAUAAGGAGCUAGAAAAGAAUCUGGGUCAGAUCCAGGAAAAACUGUAUCUGCAGCAGUUAAUGCGUGACUAUGGCACAAGCAGAGAUGUUCAAGUUCAAACAGAAGCCCGUUUAUGGCGUAAGGGUGGAUACAGCAAGGAUCUUAUUCUAGACGGUAACAGUGACAGACUCCUUGAGAUGUAUAAUGAGCUGCAGAAAAGUUAUGUUAAGGAAAUAAAAACAAACCAGGAGCAAAGGGAAGCAAUUAAAAAUCUCACUAUGAAAAUUUGUGAGCUAGAGCAUAAUCUUCAAGAGCAGAGGCAAAGAAUCGAGCAACUGGAAUGUAAAAAGAUUUCUUGGAAAAGUAGUGCUGUUUUUGGAAAAAGAAGUCGAACACCAGAGGAAAAAGUAACAUCUCACAGGGACAUUUCUAAUAAGAAGCAAUGCUGUUGCAGUAAAUAUUUAGAGCUAUUGUUGAAGGAGAUUAAAAAGCUGAAGAAAGAAAAUGAAAAGUUGUCUACAGAAAGGAGAGCACUAAAAAAUGAAUUAGCUGGAUUAGACAAGGAUUUUUUUGAAGAGAUAGAAGAUCUAAAGCAUGCUGUACAGGAAUCUGUGAAACUGAAUAAUCAGUAUGAAAAGUGUUUGAAACAAAUAAGUGUAAUGUAUGGACUUCCUUUUACAACAUCUUUGUAACCACUGAUUAAUUUAAUGGCAAGUGGAUUUUCCACAUACUUUUUUAUACUUCAACAUUUAAACCUACCAUGGCUUAUGUAGUACCAUAUUUUGAUAACAUUAUGAAUUUAAUUAUAUGAUCUCAAUAUGACAACCUGCUUUGAAAUAUUUCUGUAUUUUGUGCCUUUGCUUUUUGUUUACAUGUUUUUCAAAUAAACUGUGGUCUGUAUAACAUCAA